CGAGCUCUGGUUCGACGAACCCCUGGUUGGGUCUGCCCGGCGAGGAGUUCCUCUUUGGGACCGGCUCUGCGCCCGGGCAGGCUCGGAGCUCGUGCGCCCUCUCCCCGCAGUCCAUGGCGCGGUUCCUGAGACUCUGCACUUGGCUGCUGGCACUCAGCCCUGGGCUUGUGGCGACCGUGCGGGCAGAAUGCAGCCAGGACUGCGCGACGUGCAGCUACCGCCUGGCGCGCCCUACCGACCUCAACCCGCUGGCUUGCACCCUGGAAUGUGAGGGAAAGCUGCCGUCUCUCAAGACCUGGGAAACCUGCAAGGAGCUCCUGCAGCUGUCCCAGCUGGAGCUCCCUGCAGAUGGCACCAGUGCCCUCCGAGAAAGCGGCCGACCCGAGGACAGCCAUUUGCUAGCCAAGAAGUAUGGGGGCUUCAUGAAGAGGUAUGGGGGCUUCAUGAAGAAAAUGGAUGAGCUGUACCCUGCGGAGCCAGAGGAAGAGGCCACUGAAGGGGAAAUCCUUGGCAAGAGAUACGGGGGCUUCAUGAAGAAGGAUGUGGAGGAAGACGCCGCCCUGGGCGAGUCCUCAGACCUGCUGAAAGAACUGCUGGGAGCGGGGGACCACCGAGAGGGGGGUCCCCACCAGCAGGGCAGCGAUGACGAAGACGUGAGCAAGAGAUACGGGGGCUUCAUGCGAGGCUUGAAGAGAAGCCCCCAACUGGAAGAGGAAGCCAAAGAGCUGCAGAAGCGAUACGGGGGCUUCAUGAGAAGAGUGGGGCGCCCCGAGUGGUGGAUGGACUACCAGAAACGGUACGGGGGCUUCCUGAAGCGCUUUGCGGGUUCUCUGCCCUCCGACGAAGAAGGCGAAGGUUACUCAAAGGAAGCUCCCGAAAUGGAGAAAAGAUAUGGAGGGUUUAUGAGAUUUUAAUACCCUUUCCCAUCAGUGACCCCAGGCUCCCACAAGCCUCCCUCCAUCCCCCAGUGAGAGACUGCUUCGUGGGUCGCGUUUCUUGUCCUGUGUGGCUUACUUUAUUGUCUGGAUAAUUAACUAUCCAACCUGAAAGCUGUCAUUUCAGGUCCUGCGUUCUUUCGAGAGUCGUUAAGCUCAGUACUGGUCUAUUGCAGCGUCUUGUUUCUAUGCUAAAAUAGUUUUUGUUAUGACUUUGUCCUUUAUUUUUGACAAAACACCAAUAAAUGCUUACUUGUAUACAGAUACAAUAAACCCAUGACCCCAACUGCA